GAAACGAAAGCGCGGCGCCCGUGUCUGGCGCUAGUACGCCAGCAGGCUGGUAAGCACCGUCUCCUUUUAAUAUUUUCUCUUCCCAUCCCCAAAGCCCAGCACAGUGCCUGCGAUGCCGGCUGCCGGAAGCAGUGCAGGAGAAAACCACCAGACAGACGGGUGAAUGAAACGCUGAGCGGCGAAAGAGGGCAGAAGCUGCCAGGAGGCGGCUCGGCGACGCCCGAAACAAGACCUCCCGACGCGAGCACCAGCGGGAACCUGGGGAGCGCCGCCGGGCCGGGCACAGGAGGCUGCAGCCGGGCCCGGGUGGGGGCUCCCCCGGGCGACCGCGAAGCGCCCCGUCGCGCCUUGAGGGAGCGUCACGCCGGACAGGAAGCGCGCUGGGGGGCGGGGGCCGCCGAGCGACGCGCCGCGGGCAGAGGGGAGGAAGGGCAAGGGACCGAGUGGGGAGACGGGAGGCCGACUCCCGGGGAAGGGGUGAGGCACCCGCCCGCCUCCUGGAGAAGUCGCCUCAGAUCCCCGCGCGCGGGGACCGUUUGGCCGUAACCGCCUCCCGUCCCGGCGCCGGUCCACCUAGCCGGCCUUCGCCCGCCGCCGCUGCCACAACUCGCCCCCAACUCCCGCCCCUCUUCCGCUCGGCUUCGACCCCACGCCUCACAGGCACCCCCGCCGACUCGGCCCGCUCCGCACCUCACACACGGAUCACCGGCGGCCGCCGCCAUCUUCGCGCGCGCGCGCGCCCUGGCCACGCCCCCAGACGCCACGCCCACGUGACCACGCGCCUCUAGGGGCGUGGACGGGGCUUUCCGUCACGUGACGGCGGGGCGGGGCCAACAUGGCGAUUCCCGGAGAGCCGGAGAACGAAGAGAGAAGGUGCUGGCUGAACGAAGCUACCGCUCUCUGCCGGGCGGAGAUUAAAGGGCCCGACGUCCAGGGCGUCCCUAGUCACCCCGGUUUUCCCCGGGGCCCCAGGUCUAGAGACAUGACUCGAGAGCGCGCUCCCCCGGCCCCUGGGUCCGGGGCUCCGCUGAGCGGGUCGGUGCUGGCGGAGGCGGCAGUGGUGUUCGUAGUGGUGCUGAGCAUCCACGCAGCCGUGUGGGAUCGGUACUCGUGGUGCGCCGUGGCCCUCGCGGUGCAGGCCUUCUACGUCCAGUACAAGUGGGACCGGCUGCUACAGCAGGGAAGCGCAGUCUUCCAGUUCAGAAUGUCUGCAAACAGUGGUCUCCUGCCCGCCUCGGUGGUCAUGCCUUUGCUCGGGCUGGUUAUGAAGGAGCGCUGCCAGGCUGCCGGAAACCCAUACUUCGAGCGGUUUGGAAUUGUGGUGGCGGCCACUGGCAUGGCAGUGGCCCUCUUCUCAUCAGUAUUGGCACUGGGCAUCACUCGCCCGGUGCCCACCAACACCUGUGUCAUCUCGGGCUUGGCUGGAGGCGUCAUCAUUUAUAUCAUGAAGCACUCGCUGAGUGUAGGCGAGGUGAUCGAGGUCCUGGAGGUCCUGCUGAUCUUCGUCUACCUCAACAUGAUCCUGUUGUAUCUGCUGCCCCGCUGCUUCACCCCUGGAGAGGCACUGCUGGUGCUGGGUGGCAUCAGCUUUAUGCUCAACCAGCUCAUCAAGCGCUCUCUGACGGUGGUGGAAAGCCAGGGGGACCCCUUGGACUUCUUCCUGCUGGUGGUGGUGGUAGGGAUGGUGCUCAUGGGCAUCUUCUUCAGCACCCUCUUCGUUUUCAUGGACUCAGGCACCUGGGCCUCUUCCAUCUUCUUCCACCUCAUGACCUGUGUACUGGGCCUUGGCGUGGUCCUGCCCUGGUUGCACCGGCUCAUCCGCAGGAACCCUCUGCUGUGGCUUUUUCAAUUCCUCUUCCAGACAGAGACCCGAGUCUACCUUCUAACCUACUGGUCUCUGCUGGCCACCUUGGCCUGCCUGGUGGUGCUAUACCAGAAUGCCAAGCGGUCAGCUUCCGAGUCCAAGAAGCACCAGGCCCCCACCAUUGCUCGGAAGUAUUUCCACUUCAUCGUGGUAGCCACCUACAUCCCAGGUAUCAUCUUGGACCGGCCACUGCUCUACGUGGCCGCCACCGUAUGUCUGGCGGUCUUCAUCUUCCUGGAGUACGUGCGCUACUUCCGCAUCAAGCCUCUGGGCCACACUCUGCGAAGCUUCCUGUCCCUUUUCCUGGAUGAACGAGACAGUGGACCACUCAUCCUGACCCACAUCUACCUACUCCUAGGCAUGUCUCUUCCCAUUUGGUUAGUCCCCAGACCCUGCACACAGAAGGGUAGCCUAGGGGGAGCCAGGGCCCUAGUCCCCUAUGCAGGCGUCCUUGCCGUCGGUGUGGGCGACACUGUGGCCUCCAUAUUCGGCAGCACCAUCGGGGAGAUUCGCUGGCCUGGAACCAAAAAGACUUUUGAGGGGACCAUGACAUCUAUAUUUGCCCAGAUCAUUUCUGUAGCUCUGAUCUUAAUCUUCGACAGUGGAGUGGACCUAAACUACAGUUAUGCUUGGAUUUUGGGGUCCAUCAGCACCGUGUCCCUCCUAGAAGCAUACACUACACAGAUAGACAACCUCCUUUUGCCUCUCUACCUCCUGAUACUGCUGAUGGCCUAGCUGCUCUGCAGCAGCAAUGAAGGAAACAGGGACAUGGGGAGGACGAAUGGUCCCCACAGCAGCCAGCCACUGGGGCUUGAAGAGCCAAGGGGGUAGAAGCAGGUUUAAUUUUUCAGUUGGUUCAGAUUUAAAAUAAAAAUCAAAGCGUUCCUGGUUUUAGUUUUGGUGCUAUUUAAAAAAGCAAA